UUUUCUAUAUAAAUAUUUCAGAUAAAAACGGCAUUCUUCCUUGGAGCAGAGGCGAUAAGUUUUCAAGAUUGGAGGUUCGGAUUUUGUGAUGUUUUCACCAGAAAUCAAGCAGUCAUGGGCGGUAUCAGGGAUCCUCCUGAACAUGCUGGCACAAGGCAUGAUCCUCAGUUUCUCCGCUGUUCUGCUGUCGGGGCUGAAGGCUGAUGACUCCACCAUCAAGACUGACUUGGAAACCAUGUCUUGGCUUGCUUCUGUGGUGGGCAUGGCGUGCUUCCCCGGUUUUCUGAUUUCCGCUCUCCUCAUGGAGCUGCUUGGCCGUAAGAUCUCACAAAUCCUGGUGAUCCUACCGGCGAUGUUAGGCUGGCUUCUCAUUUACUUCGCCAAGGAUGUAACCACCCUCAUGGUUGGCAGGUUCCUCGGAGGAUUCACUGCUGGAGCGAGCCUCACUUUAGGAGCCGUCAUCAUCGGGGAGUACACCAGCCCACAACUCCGGGGCAUGUUCCUAAACCUCAAGACUGCUGGCGUCUGCGUAGGCAAUAGCCUUGUUCAUGUUCUAGGCCAUUUCUAUACUUGGAGAACUAUUGCAAUGUUCGGACUAAUCCCCUAUAUCAUUUCUUUCGGGAUUAUCUGCACCUGGCCAGAAAGCCCGACGUGGUUAGCCGCCAGAUUUAAUUUUAAUCGGAGUGAAAAGGCAUGGUUGUGGCUGCGAGGUAAUGACCAAAAUUCUAGAAUCGAGUACGAAAACAUGGCCAAUGCUCAAAAGCAAAGGUUUUCUGAAACACGAGAGAAAACCAGCGUCCAAAAACACGUAGUAAUCUUUUUGCAGAAGUUCACCCGAAAGGAUUUUCUGAAACCCCUGUUCAUAAUACUCAUAGGUGCUAUUUUGCUCGAAGCAUGUGGAAGGCACAUUUUUCCGGCCUACGCUUUGGAGAUCAUUGAAGAAAUCACAGGAGAUAAGACUAAAACAUUAUACUACACGUUAAUAAUAGACCUGAUUACGUCAUUAAGUGCCACAUUCUCGUCUGCGCUGGUCCGUAUGUUGAAAAGACGUAUAUUACUCUUUGUUACUGGUGGAGCAUCUUUAGUGAUAUUAAUUGCUAUAUGUACUUACUUAUAUCUCACUGACAUAGACGUGAUAUCCAAAGACCGAGCUUGGAUGCCUUUAUCCAUGUUUAUGCUGUACUUCUUGCUAGCAAACUUGGGGUGUACUCCUAUACCUCUGGCGUUGCUUGGUGAGGUGUUCCCGGUCGCACAUAGAGGAGCAGGUUCUGCAAUAUCAGGGUUGAUAUUAGCCACCUGUCUCAUGGUAGGUUUAAAGAUCACCCCUGCGAUGCUAGCAACUUUCAAAGUGUAUGGAACUUUUGCUAUCUUCGGCGUAGUUUUGGGAUUCUCUCUAAUAGUAAUUUACUUCAUUCUUCCCGAAACUAAAGAUAGAACGUUGCAGGAGAUUGAAGAUUACUUUAACCAUGGACGGUUCAGUGAUAAGAAAGUUUGCGGGAAUGAUGAGGAGAAUACUACCAUGUUUAAGGAUUGAAUAAGGUGCAGGACAGUUUUGAAAUUCGAAAAUGACAAAACAUCUAAUAACUAAAAUCCAUUUCUACUAUAAGUUCAGUAAUCAAAGUACUAUGGCACAGUAUAAUAAAGAGUACUAUCGUACAGUAUGGCCACUCCCGCUCGUGUACAAGUUUCUAAUGGGGUGGCAACGCGCAUGACACUCUUUGAGUUGCAGGCGUCCAUAGGUUACGGUGACAGCUUUCCAUCAGGCAGACCGUAUGCUUGUUUGCCACCGGCGUAGUAUAAAAAAAUAUAUAUUUUAAAUGUUCAUAAAUAAAGUUAUCCUUGUCUA